AUGAGAUUGACCUCAUCCUUACGGUUCCACAGACAAAACAACAAGACUUUCCUCGGAAUCUUCAUGAUCUUGGUUCUUAGUUGUAUACCAGGUAGAACCAAUCUUUGUUCCAAUCAUUCAGAUACUCGUUCCUCAUUAGAUUCACUCGAUUUAGAGGGUUACAUAACCUUUGAUGAUGUCCACAAUGCGUCCAAGGACUUUGGCAACAGAUACCAGUUCCCACCUUUGGCAAUUCUCCAUCCCAAGUCAGUUUCUGAUAUCUCAACAGUGGUGAGACAUAUCUUACACCUGGGAUCCACCUCAAAUCUUACAGUAGCAGCCAGAGGCCAUGGUCACUCGCUUCAAGGACAAGCUCUAGCUCAUCAAGGGGUUGUCAUCAACAUGGAGUCGCUUCAAAAUCCUGAUAUCAAGAUUUAUAGAGAGAAACAACCGUAUGUAGAUGUCUCAGGUGGUGAACUAUGGAUCAACAUUCUAAAGGAGACUCUAAAACACGGUCUUUCGCCAAAGUCAUGGACAGACUACCUUCAUCUGACUGUUGGAGGUACUCUAUCUAACGCUGGAAUCAGUGGCCAAGCGUUUAAGCAUGGACCGCAAAUCAAUAAUGUCUACCAACUAGAGAUUGUCACAGGCAAAGGAGAAGUUGUGACCUGUUCUGAGAAGCUGAAUCCUGAACUUUUCCACAGUGUUCUUGGGGGGCUUGGACAGUUUGGCAUUAUCACACGGGCACGGAUCUCUCUUGGACCAGCACCACAUAUGGUUAAAUGGAUCAGGGUACUCUAUUCAAACUUCUCUACAUUUUCAAGUGACCAAGAACACUUAAUUUCUAAAAAGAAAGGUUUCGACUACGUGGAAGGUUUUGUGUCAAUAAAUAGAACAGAUCUUCUCAAUAACUGGAGGUCAUCAUUUAGUCCCAAUGACUCCACAGAGGCAAGCCAGUUUAAGUCUGAUGGUAAAACUCUGUAUUGUCUAGAAGCGGUGAAAUAUUUCAACAAGGAAGAAGCUAACUCUAUGAAUCAGGAAACUGAGAAGUUACUUUCAGAGUUGAGCUAUAUACCAUCUACUUUGUUCUCAUCUGUUGUGCCAUACAUAGAGUUUCUGGACCGUGUGCAUCUUGGGGAGAUAAAACUAAGAGCUAAGGGUUUAUGGGAGGUUCCACAUCCCUGGCUGAAUCUCCUGGUUCCCAAGAGCAGCAUAAUUGAAUUUGCUACAGAAGUUUUUAACAACAUUCUCACAAGCAACAACAAUGGACCUAUCCUUAUUUAUCCAGUUAAUCAAUCCAAAUGGAACAAGCAAACAUCUUUGAUCACUCCUAGUGAAGAUAUAUUCUAUCUUGUGGCCUUUCUCCCCUCUGCUGUGCAAAAUGAUCUGGAGCACCUUCUGAGACAAAACCAAAGAGUGCUUAACUUCUGUGCAGAGGCAAACAUGGAUGUGAAGCAGUAUUUGCCUCACUACGAGACUCAAAGAGAGUGGAGAUCACACUUUGGAAACAGAUGGGAAACAUUUGCAAAGAUGAAACAUGAGUAUGACCCUCUAGCGAUUCUAGCACCUGGUCACAGAAUUUUCCAAAACGCAACACAGUUAUAUCCUAUUCAACUUCAAUAAGCCAAGAGGGAAAACAUACAUACAUUCAAAGGUAUCAUAAAAA